GAUGGAUGUGGGCACACUGUACUAGGCCCUGAAAGUGGAACCCUUACGUCCAUAAACUACCCCCAGACCUAUCCCAACAGCACUGUUUGUGAAUGGGAGAUUCGUGUAAAGAUGGGAGAGAGAAUUCGCAUCAAAUUUGGUGACUUUGACAUUGAAGAUUCCGAUUCUUGUCACUUUAACUACUUGAGAAUUUAUAAUGGAAUUGGAGUCAGCAGAACUGAAAUAGGCAAAUACUGUGGUCUGAGGUCGCAAAUGAACCAUUCAAUUGAGUCAAAAAGCAAUGAAAUUACAGUGCUGUUCAUGAGUGGAAUCCAUGUUUCUGGACGAGGAUUUUUGGCCUCAUACUCGGUUAUAGAUAAACAAGAUCUAAUUACUUGUUUGGACACUGCAUCUAAUUUUUUGGAACCUGAGUUCAGUAAGUACUGCCCAGCUGGUUGUCUGCUUCCUUUUGCUGAAAUAUCUGGAACAAUUCCUCAUGGGUAUAGAGAUUCAUCACCGUUGUGCAUGGCUGGUGUGCAUGCAGGAGUCGUGUCAAACAUUUUGGGUGGCCAAAUCAGUGUUGUCAUUAGUAAAGGUAUUCCGUACUAUGAAAGUUCUUUGGCUAACAACGUUACAUCUAUGGUGGGACUUUUAUCUACAAGUCUUUUUACAUUUAAGACAAGUGGUUGUUAUGGAACACUAGGCAUGGAGUCUGGUGUGAUUGCCGAUCCUCAGAUAACAGCAUCAUCUGUGCUGGAGUGGACGGACCACUUGGGGCGGGAAAAUAGCUGGAAACCCGAAAAAGCCCGGCUGAAGAAACCUGGCCCUCCUUGGGCAGCUUUUGCCACUGACGAUUAUCAGUGGUUACAGAUAGACCUGAAUAAGGAAAAGAAGAUAACAGGCAUCGUAACCACUGGGUCCACUAUGGUGGAGCACAAUUACUAUGUGUCUGCCUACAGAGUCCUGUACAGUGACGAUGGCCACAAGUGGACUGUGUACAGAGAGCCUAGUGUGGAGCAGGAUAAGAUAUUUCAAGGAAACAAAGAUUAUCACCAGGAUGUGCGUAAUAACUUUUUGCCACCAAUUAUUGCACGUUUUAUUAGAGUGAACCCUACCCAAUGGCAGCAGAAAAUUGCCAUGAAAAUGGAGCUGCUUGGAUGUCAGUUCAUUCCUAAAGGUCGUCCUCCAAAACUUACUCAACCACCACCCCCUCGGAACAGCAAUGACCUCAAAAACACUACAGCCCCUCCAAAAAUAGCCAAAGGUCGUGCCCCCAAAUUUACUCAACCACUACAACCUCGCAGUAAGAACGAAUUUCCUGCACAGACAGAACAAACAACUGCCACUCCUGAUAUCAAAAACACUACUGUAACUCCAAAUGUAACCAAAGAUGUAGCCCUGGCCGCGGUCCUUGUCCCUGUGCUAGUCAUGGUCCUCACUACUCUUAUCCUCAUAUUAGUAUGUGCUUGGCACUGGAGAAACAGAAAGAAAAAAACUGCAGGCACCUAUGACAUACCUUACUGGGACCGGACAGGUUGGUGGAAAGGAAUGAAGCAGUUUCUCCCUGCCAAGUCAGUGGAACAUGAGGAAACCCCGGUUCGCUACAGCAGCAGUGAAGUCAAUCACCUGAGUCCAAGGGAAGUCACCACAGUGCUGCAGACCGACUCCGCAGAGUAUGCACAGCCACUUGUGGGAGGAAUUGUUGGUACUCUUCAUCAGAGAUCGACCUUUAAACCAGAGGAAGGAAAAGAAGCAGGCUAUGCGGACCUAGACCCCUACAACUCGCCAGUGCAGGAAGUUUACCAUGCCUAUGCUGAACCACUCCCAAUUUCUGGGCCCGAGUAUGCAACCCCAAUCGUCAUGGACAUGUCAGGGCACCCCACCGCUUCAGCUGGGCUGCCCUCCACAUCCACAUUCAAAGCUACAGGGACCCAACCGCCCCCAUUAGUGGGAACUUACAACACACUUCUUUCCAGGACCAACAGCUGCUCCUCUGCCCGGGUCCAGUAUGAUACCCCGAAAGGUGGGAAGCCAGGUCCAGCCGCCCCAGAAGAGUUGGUGUACCAGGUGCCCCAGAGCACACAGGAAGUAGCAGGAGCAGGACGGGAUGGGGAAUGUGAUGGUUUUGAAGAAAUCCUUUGAAGGUGAUGCUGCUUUUUGCAAAGCAUCGUUUUAAAGCACAUG